AUGUGGUACAAACAAAGACUGGAACAUGCGCCGCUGGAAGUGGGAUCAAAAUUAGAAGACAAGCCGGCUGUGUUUGCAAAUAAAUUCGACAAAUCGAGAUUUAAACUCAACAGAAUUGCGAGUGGCAUUUCUCUCAGUAUUGAACGUGUCACUAAAGAAGAUGAAGGAAUGUACUUCUGUGGAGAGACUGGAAAGAAAACACUGGACUUUUCUACUGCUACAUUCUUAGCGGUCACAGGGCAGGUAGACAUCUCAGUGCUCCAAACUCCAGUACAGGGGUCAGUAUCUCCAGGAGAGUCGGUCACUCUGCAGUGCACGGUCCUCUCUGAGAUCAGAGCAGCAGAACUCCGAGUGCUCUGGUUCAGAGCUGCUGCAGGACAAUCCUUUCCUGAAAUCAUUUACACUCAUCAGAACAGCAGCAGCCGUCAGUGUGAGAUCAGCUCUUCUACACACAGCUCUGUGUACAACUUCUCCAAGAACAUCCUCGACCACCACCAUACUGGAACUUACUACUGCGCUGUGGCUGCUUGUGGGAAGAUCAUCUUUGGGAAUGGAGCAUCAGUAGAACUGAAUCCGGCUCAGGCUGUGGAUCUUUCUAAGGUAUCAUUUGUCUCAGCUGAGCCUGGAGGAAAAGUUACUCUACAUAGUUUGCUCAACACAUUUGGGUUUGCUGAUGAAGGAAUGUACUUCUGUGGAAUACUAGACACGAACACCAUUACAUUUUCUAGUGGCAAAUUUCUAGCUGUGACAGGUCAGCCUGAGUUAAAGGUAUCAGUUGUCCAAACUCCAGUUUGGGGGUCAGUUUCUCCAGGAGAGUUGGUCACUCUGCAGUGCACAGUCCACUCUGAGAUCAGAGCAGCAGAACUCCGAGUGCUCUGGUUCAGAGCUGCUGCAGGACAAUCCUUUCCUGAAAUCAUUUACACUCAUCAGAACAGCAGCAGCCGUCAGUGUGAGAUCAGCUCUUCUACACACAAAUGUGUGCACAACUUCUCCAAGAACAUCCUCGACCACCACCAUACUGGAACUUACUACUGCGCUGUGGCUGCUUGUGGGAAGAUCGUGUUUGGAAACAGAGCAUCAAUACAACUAAAGGGGCCUGUGGAUCCUGUUGUGAUCUUUCUGGGAGCAGCUUUGGGAGUGUGUGUGGUUGUGAUCUCUGCUGAAAAUUAUAAUCUGUAA